UGUCUACCCCCAUUUAAUCUUUGUGUGUCAAAAAACGAAGAAAAAUUAUAAGCUACGCGUAAAAUGUAGAGAAAAAUUGUGGAAAAUUUAUUAAUUUCUAACGAAAAAUUACAAGAAAAAUGAGUUAUAAGAUAAAAAUAAAGCUACAUUUUUAUUUAGUGUACAAUAAAUCAAUAAAUUAAAACGAAUAAAGUGUUUAAUUGUAAAAAGCUGAUUACAUGACCCAACCCUAAAACCUAAAGUGGUAAAAAUCGAAGUCACAACAAAGAAAAUUAAAAAAAAGUAGGAAGUAAUUAAUAUUACUAAAUAUAAAUCAAUGUAAAAAGUGCAAUACAUAUUGAUAAAUUAAUUAAAUACUGAAAAUAAAAACACAACAAUGGAGGCGGAGGAUAGUGAUUUCAGGGAUAGUAUUGGAUUUAAUGAGGGAUCCUACAAUACGACUGGUGGCCGCAUACCCUUGGAAAAUAUGAAAAUCGAUGCUCCCAUGAUAUGGUUGCUUUGUUCUCUUUUAACAUCUAUAACAUGGGUUACCUACAUAACAUUCUACAAUUCCCGAUUAAUUGGCAUGCUAAUAACAAAAAUAGCUAAUCGUUGGUUUAUCAAAGGAGCAUAUUUUAAAAUUGGUUCUGUAGCCUUAAAUCCGUUAGCUGGUAAAAUAAUGUUUCGUGAUUUUGUUUACAUAACAUACGAUUAUUCAGCACGCAUACAAGAUGGUUAUUUUAUAUUUCGUUGGUGGCGGUCAUAUGUACCAAAAGAUGUAUCAGAAGAUUUAUCUCAUUCGGAUACUCGCUUAUCCGUACAAUUAAAUGGCUCUGAAUUGCAUAUUUAUAAUCGUUCUGAUUUAUAUGAUGAAUUGGAAAGAACAUUUGGCUUAAAGCCUUCUCUACUUAUACCAACCGACUCGUUGUCAACCGAAGAACGUUCGAAACUAAAAGAACACACUAUGAAUAUGGAAAAUGCUCGUCAUAGCAAGCAUCAAAGUGUUAAACAUUCCGAAGCUAUGAAAGCCACUACAUGGCGUGAUCUCAUACCUGUGAUUAAACUUGACAUAUGCUCAGGACGUUUUGUCUUUGGCAAUCGUCUAACACCUACUACUCUCUCCAUAUCAAUGGAAGAAGCUCACUGUACGUACAGUACAAAGCCCGCUGUUUGUCGUCUAGAUCAUUUCAUGCAUUUCGUUAAGGCCAAUGUAGAAAAUGCUAAAGUUAUGUUUGCUCCCAGUCCAAAGUACACGGGACUUGUUGAUGAGCCACCCCGUUAUAUGGGAGAAGGUUUUGUGGUGAUGAUGUCAAAUCAAAUGGACUUGUAUUUUUAUAUGGAUGAACCGGGUGUGGUGCCGGAAGAACCUGUACAUAUUAUUUUGGCAAAUGGUGAUAAGGUUGAACCUUCGCCGCCGGUAUUGGGUAUUAAUAUAAAAUGUCUGAAAGGCACUGAUUUCAGUUAUGGUCCGUGGGCGGAUAGACAAAGGGAUCAUUUGUUUAAUUUUUUCUAUCCCCCCGACUGGAAGGAAAUGCAAGUAACUCCUACACCCAAACCAGGAGAACUGAGAAGCUAUCAAUCAUUUGAUGUUACAUUGUGCGUUUUAAAUGAAGCCACUAUAGAUAUAUUGUUCUCUAAGGAGAAAGAAACCAAUGCCAUGCAUAUAACAGUGGGUCCUGCCUCUUAUGUGGAGGUGACCAUACCUUGGGUAUCUCUCUCUGAUGGUUAUACUUCUAAAAUACAAGGCCAACUCUUUCAUGUUGAGGCCACCACAUCAUUACAAUACCGCAGUUUAGCUGAAUUUGAAUCGUUGGAGUAUAAGAUACGCAUACAUUAUCCCACAAAAUGGAAUGCACCCCAGGAUUGGAGCAUAGCGCUGACGGGCUGCAAGGCUACCGCGUAUAUCGUUUACAAACAUAAAUGUUUCUUUCAAGAUCUCAUAGAAGAUUGGGCUAGCAAAGCUAGACCCGAUAUUUUAACCUUUGUGCCAUAUACUUGUAAAUUUAAUAUACUACUAAAUGAAUUUGAGAUCUUAACAUUGUGUAACGAAUACAAUUGGAUUGAUUGCUCCAGCGCCAAUCAGGAAAACAAUCAUUUGGCAUUUUGUGGUGAUGUGUUUGAUAUGAGCUUUGCUUUGCCUUUUGAUGACUUUCUGCCCAAAACGGUCACUCUAAAGUUUUGGAUUCAUGGUGAAGGCUUAGAUUUAAGUUUAUAUGUACCAGAGGUGUCAUCGACAAAGCCCAUUAUACUGGCCAUAGAUGAAAAUGCACGUUUACUAACACGUGGCGGUAAAAUCAAAACAAGACCUGAAUUGUAUACGAAAAAAUGGCGUAAAAUUUGCCAGAGAACUUCUGGUUGGAUAGAUUGUUGGACUGUACCCAUUGUAGCAUUAUCCAUACAAUAUGUUUAUCAUCCGGUACCUCCUUUGGGACCAGAUCCUCAAGCCGAUAUAACAACACCUGAAAAAGAAGAAAUUUUGCUCAGUCCAAUGCGUAUACCGCAGACACGAAAGUCACCCAAUCAAAAUUGGCAAAAGCCAGAACAAUACAAAUUUGAUCCCGCCACUUUGCCGGCAGAUCAUGUCACGGUGGAACUAGAAAUUGGUUCUUCGGUACUCAUGUGCUAUGGCAAUGUUUUAAGGAAUUUUAUAAAUCUUAAGGAGAAUAUUUUCGGUGAAGAUCAAAACUUCACCGACAUGGAGCAAUCGAAUAUUAAAACAAAAGAUUCCUCUACGACAGCGCCCGUCAAUCCAAAGGAUCAAUUACUGGUCAAGGAUAAAGAUCUAGCCACAAAGUCAAUAUCGGAAGUCACAGUGCCGGAGGAGAAACAAAAACCUUUUGAUCCUCGUUUGUAUAGACCGCUGGAGGUUAUAGUAUCGGUUAUAAUACAUGAUAUACAGGCUCAUGUUAUGAAGAACUGUAAUGAGAAUGAUCCUCCUUGUCCGGUGGUGUUAAUAGAGCGUUUAGGCUUUGAAAUGAAUAAACGUUAUCAUGAAACCACUCUGCAGGUUUUAGUAAGUCCAUCGUAUUUGAUCACUUCGGAUACGGUGGUGAGACAAAAUCGUGAUAAACAUAUAAAUCAAGGACACUUAAUGCUGUCUGCUGUGCAGGUUCGAGGUCAUGCAAUGUUCAGCAAUGAGGGAUGUGCUUUAGAUGAAGACACCUUAGAAUACUCCUGGCUGGUGGAAGUUCAGCUGGGUAAAUUGUCGGGAAAACUAACACUACCACAACUUUUCAAUGUGGCCGUAGGCCUGGAGACUUUGGCUCUUUUGGCAGUCGAUCCAGAGAAUUGUCUUAAAUCACCCAAGACUGUGCGCAACUGUCAUCAUGGUGUGCCAAGUAAUCAGUGUCCUCAUACAAAAGAGGAGAACAAAUAUAAAUGCCCAUCAGCGGAAGAUAUUAAAUAUAAAAUGACUCGUGUCUCAGUGGAUGCAGUUGAUGUUUAUCUGAUAGAGAGUGGUACAGCGUUGCAUGCAUGGAUCUCUCCUAUACGCUUGGCUAAUUGUAAUCUACAUGGCCAACGUGUUAAAUCCGGUAUAUCCGGUUUAUUACCUUCAAUUUUAAUAAGACUGUUUAUGUUAAAUGCUGGUUGUACUUCAAAUAUGACAAACUCCUAUAAUACUAAUACCACAGGUAGUAAUAGAUCAGGCAAAAUACGACGUGCAGAUCAAGAUUCUGUAAAAUCAGAAAUAUACCAUAAUACACAUCAGCCCCAUCAGGGCAAAUCGAAACGCAGCUCUAAUUCAUUCUCACAAAGACGGGAUUCUCGCGAAGAAGGUUCACGCAAGCUACGUGAUAGUUUUUCUGAAUGCCGUCGACCUACGACCUAUGACAAUGAGUUCUUUGAAAAUUGGGUAGAAGUAGGUUGUACAUCAUUGGGUCCCAUACUGCUAGAGGGAGCAUCGGCAUUGCCAAUACCCGAUCAUAAAUUACAUUUAGUGCAGCAUAACUUUUUGCGUGAACAUGAUGCUAAAAACAAACGUUUAUGGUUUUUGUGGUCAAAUAACACAAAUACCAAUGCUGUGGGUGGUGUUGUUGAUAUAUCACGAUGCGGUUGUAUUGGAGGUUGUGCCUUUUUUGGCAGUAAUCGUAAUGGUUUGAAAUUUUUCAAACCCUCUGCCCAGGAUUUGGCAGAUAAUUAUAAUAUAGCUAGAUAUUUCAUUAUUAAUAACAACAAGGAUUAUGGCUUUGGCGAAAGUAUUUUACAUCAAGGACAAUUAGUAUUUCAUACACCACCCUACAGUUUACAUUCAGUACAUCUGCAUGAUUCGGCGGAUUUUACUGGAAAGGGUAAACUAUACCGUCCUGCUGUGGCUGUUAAUGGCAGCCUAAAGAAAUCUGAUUUAGCUGCAAAAGAAAUAAAUACUAAAAUUAAAAUUGGUGGAGCUUCUACUUUGGAAAAGGACAUGAAUGGCCGCAAGUCUAGAGAAAGCAUAGGUUCUCCCAACACUUUAGAACGCCGCUCCAAACGUUACUCCGCUACACGACAAACAUCGGUAGAAGUCCCUUAUGCUCGCCUCUUAGACAGUCCUUCGAAAAAAGUCUUACGACAAGAUUCCACUGAAUCCCAAGGUGUAGUCUAUCGUCGUGGCUCUGAUUCCAAUAAGUCACAAAAUAAUACUCUUCGAGUAUCGCCACCAAAAACCAGUAUUUCUGAUUCUCGCUUAACUGGUGAAGUUAAUGUUGAAGAUGAAUUAGAGAUACCCGAUGAAAUGUCCCAUUCGGCACCGCAUUCUCAUCCCUUAGAAUUCGAAAUUGCAGAUAUAAAUAUACAAAAUCAAAUGCCGCUUGAUUUAACAAAUGGUGAUCAUUUGACACGUGAAGUUCAAAGAACCAUUUCACUGACCUCGGAAAAUCCUUCUGAAAUGUUUUUCUCGGCCGAAGAAGAUAUAUCCAAUAUGAUGUCUCAAAGGGGUUCGAUUAAAAAUCAUAAUGGUUCGAUAAUAUUUUCGGGCAAAAAACGUUUUUCAUCGGAUUUAAGCAUUGGUAAUCAAAACGAAAACGCAACAUUAUCAUCCUUAAAUACCUAUCGCAGUGAUUUAGAAAUACAUGCUCCCGAGCCGAAUACUAAACCACUUACGAAACGUCCUCAAAGUACCACAGAAUUGGUCGACUCAAGAGGCUCCUCAUCUGGUACACCCUCACUUUCAUCGAAUUCCUUUAUCUCUGCCAUGUCCUCCCAAGAAGAUGUCGCUUUGGUCAAUCUCCAUCAGCAAGUGAAUAGACCUAUUAUCGAUUCUCCCCUGCUAAUGGCCAGCUAUUUAAAUCAUUUGUCUCAAGUUAAAUGUUUUAAUUGGACUUCUUGUUCUUUCCCCUCGGGUUUGGAUGUCUUUUCUACACCGUUAUUUAGUGAGAAUGAAGAUGGUGGCUUAACCUAUAUAGGCAGCAAAAUGAUACCACACUUUGAUUUGUAUUCAUCGUGGCGUGAAAUAAAAGUAGUGCCUAGAUAUGAAAAUCAAACGGGCAGUAAUAGUUCGGCCACAUUUAUGGGUGGACCCAAAUCACAUCCUUGGGAUCCCAGUGUUUUAUUGAAGGAGGAGGAGAAUGAUAAGACUACAAAUGGUUUUGAUGAUGGUGAAUUUAUGAGUUUGCAGGCCGAAGGAGCAGCCUGUACUUCGGUAGUGGCCAGGCUAAAGGGACAAGUUAAUGUAUUUUUAACACCUUUAUUGUUGGAAGGUUUACAAAGAAUGGUUGAAGCUGCCAUACCCACAUUUUCGAAUAUGCACCUGUUAACUGUGGUGAAUUAUAUACACUCUUCCUGCAUAGCCAAAGUUAAGAAUGACAAUAUUUUGAAACGUGAUCAAUCGUUGAGUUAUUGGUCACAGGUACAUUCGAAUUCUAAACGUUCCACUACCGAGCGUAAUUUAUUGGGACCUGGUGAUUCUUUCUUAAGUGAUGUCUAUGAAGAAAGUAUUUCAACCAAGACCCAGGGUCUAAUUGUUUUGCCUAAGGUUAGCAUAACUAUGUUACAAUCAUCCAUAAUCGAAGAGGUUAUAUCAGUGGCAGCAUUGGAUAAUGUACAAGAUCUUAGCUGUGUAUCUUUACUAACAUUCUAUAUAGAAGGUGUUUCCACUAAAUUUCAUUUGGGUAAAACUACUCGUGCCUCUAUGCAUAAUGUCUACAUACAGCAAACUGUCCAGUCUGGCAAUAGCAAUAAAAAAGGUGGCAUAAUGAAGGGCACUAGAGCUUUACUGGCCCAUCUAUCAUCACAAUCACGUCCCGAUAAUGUACAAGGAGAACCCAUACUUAUUGAAACAUCUGAAAAACAACUUGAAGAAUUAGUUAUAACUCUAGAUGUGGGUCGGGCACAUGCUCAGCUAAGACGUUUAAAAACAGAAAGCACCACCGGCCAAGAAUCUCCUAUAAUGGUGACAGCCAUACCAGAACCUAAGAGUAAGGUAUUAUUUGAGUGUCUUAAAAUGACUGACAAUACUGGUGUGGAUAGCAUAGGCUACAUAAUGUUCGAAUGCGGUUUGGAAGGUGUGGGCGUAAAGAUUGUUAAACGUUCACAUUUUGAAAAAUCCGAAAAUUCCAAAGAAGAACUAGCCGAAAUGGCUGAGGAACGUGGUUUAAAUGAAUUAGUAGAAACUGCUACCACUACAGCCACCAAUAAUCCACAAAUUGAUGUUUCGGCCACUUCCAGAGCAGAGGCCGCCUGGCGUUUAUUAACCAAGAAACCGCCCACACCCAAAACGCCCAAAGAAAAGUUCCAAACUGCAUUGGAAAAUAUCAUUGUCACCGAACGCGCCGAAAUUAAUAUCGAAAAUCGUAAAUCUACUCCCAAACCACCAGAUGAUGAUGUUGAAAAGGGCAAACCAAAUGGUCAAAAGAAACAAGAUGGCUUCGAUAAAGUGGCCAAUAAGGAAAAUGAUAAAACUUCUUCCUGUGUUCUUGAAUUGAAAUCAGUGUGGCUUAAUUUUGCCGCACCACCCUGUGUGCCUAUUACGAGAAAAAUUGACUUGACCCGUUUAGAUUGGAAUCUGCUUAGCACUGCUUCGCCGGCCAUAACAGCAUGGAUGAAUCCCUGCAACCGUUUGGCCAUCAAAAUAGUAGCUCUAUUGAAGGCUCUACAUUCGAGACAAACGGCCGUGGCUGCUUGUUUAAUGUCCGAUGCCUUGGAGAAUGAGAAAAUACAAAGGAAUCCGAAAAUGAAGAAGAGUCGUUAUGCCAACAAUUACACAUUAUUGUCGAAAACCUUACAAGAGGAUCCAAGUUGCCAAUUGUGUUUCAUUAUGCAGAAACUAGUGCUGGAUGAUGGGGUGCAAAAGGUUGAGCGUAUCUUCAAACAAGGAGAUAUACCCCACCUAAACACCUUAAGACAGGGCAUUAUCGUUUUGAGUCGUCAAUGGAAAAAUACUUUAUACAAUCCCAUACUAUUCGAACAUCAGUAUAAAAAUAAACUAAUACGUCCCAUCAAUGUGACAUUUUCAUUUCCCCAAAACGAGGAGGAAGUCGAUGAUGGCGAAUGUGAGGCUGAUAAUGAUAUGGGACCGUAUGCGGGAGUUGGAGAUAAUCCUGAAGAGAGUGAGAAUGCUUUAUUACUUGGGCAAACACAGCAUCAUCGAACUCAUAUUGACUCCACACAAUUUGGUUUGGGUUUUACUACAGAUGACGUUUUACAUGCAGGUCAUAGGUCAACAUCUACAUCGCCUAAUAUACAUCUAAGUAGAAAAGGAAAAAGUGUUAGCAAAUGUUCCCAGUAUUCUCAUGGUAACUCUUCCCGUUCUAGCAUACAAAUGCUGCCCAUAAUAUCGGGUUUGGUUGACAAACAGGCGGCUGAAAUUGAAUAUGGUGCUCUCCAGGAAGGUUCUUUAAGUUCCACCAAUUCGGUUAACAAAUUUUGGUUGGGCAGUGAUAAUCAAAAAGAGGAUCUAUACUUUUGGAUGGCCAAACAGCAAGAUAGUAAGAAAAAGGAUAUGUUUGCUAAGGAGGAAAUUUUAAGACCUACGCCGGUGAAUAAACUUCCUGGACAAACACAAUCACGUCAGGGCAUUAUGCAGGAUUCGAUAAAACUAUUAGAUGCUCAUUUGAUUUUUGAGCCCUUGCUGACAUGUUUGGGUGUAAUGCCUCAACAAAUGGUGAAUAAAUUUCAAAAUGCUGACAUUUCAUCAUUGGAAAACUUUGGUACAAAUUUAUCUCUAAUCGGUACAUUUGAUUCCAUUCGUGUGGACAUAGUUGUCUCUGAAGCUGGAGAGAAAAACAAAAAUAAACCUACUAAAAUGCCCAGCAAAAAAUCCAAUGGCAGACCUUCAAUAAUGAUGGAUACACCAUUGUUUUUGUGCGAAAGAGUCGGCAUAGAAUUGGAAGUCUUAAAAAUGUCUGAUGGCAUGGUGGAUCAAGCCAGACAAAAUGUUAUCUAUAUGUCGCGACGGCAGUUGAAGAAGCAUACAAGUACUGUUAUUAACUUUUCCAUAAAUAUACGAUUUAUAUCGCAACAGGUUAAUAUGCCCUUGUUAAGAUUACUGCAUCAGAUAACAAAUAUGUAUCAAAAUGUUAAAGAAGCCCAGCAGGAGUUCCAUGAUCAACCGGAUAUAAGUAAGAAAUCACAUGCUAAAGAUGAAUACAGUUUGGCCUCCGAACCAAAUGAUAUAAUGCCUUUUGGUUCCGUAUCAGAUCGUUUUGCCCACAAUGAAAAUUCAUCCGAUGAACGUUAUGAUAAAUUCAAUGAACUGAUGACUAUGAAUCAUAAUACAUCAGGUAAAAUACGUGGUACUACUGGCUUGGGACCCUUGAUACAAUUGACCCCUUCACCUAGUGCCAAAAAUCGUCCUCAGUCUUUUGCUCAAAAACUUAGAUCAACUGGCAAAUCGGUCAAAGGUAAACUGGGCUAUACUAAUCUCAAUGAAUCCAGUUCAUCUCCUUUGCGUGACAGUCCCACAACUUCAGUAUCCGAACAUCACAUGUUUAAAAUGUCUUUGGAGUCAAAGGCAUCCUUAAAUGGCGCCUGCGCCACCAGUGUUAGUGGCGACUACAAUACUAUAACUAAAAAUGGCUUCAACAAUCUUAUACCUCCUUUGUUGGAAACACCAAAUUGCUGGAAAACUAUUUACCAUUUACUGGAAUUAUAUGGCACAAUGCCGGAGACAAAGACCGUUCAACAGAGAAUUUCUUUAACAAAUGAAAAGAAAGCUUUUACCUACAAUCGUCAAGAUACCCGAAACGAUGAGGAUGAUUUGACAAGUGCUCCUACGCCCUUGCCCCAACACAAGGAACUUUUCGAUAGUAUAUCGCAAGAGAGGACACGUCUUAUAGUGUUUGGUGUGGCGAAAAUACAUAAAACGCGUUUGCUGGCCACUUUGAGUGGUUUGAAAUUGGAAGCUGAAAUUACUACCCUAAAUGGUUCGGCUACUUGGCGCAAAAAGGCCAGACCAGUAUCGUUGGAAUGCUCGCUUACAGGUCAAGUGGGCAGAGCCAUGAUUGUUUUGUUGGAGGGAGUAGCACCUAAUCAGCAAACCGUUGUCAAAGUCACCAUUGGCAAAAGUCAAACACUUUACUCUAGCCUCACCAAAAGAGGACGCGAUAAAAAUAGUGGUCUUUUGUCUAUAGGACCAGUGAAUAUUGAUAUACCCCAACAUCCGGUGGCAUUGCAUGGCAUGAUGACCCGCUCCUCCAAACAAUUGUCAUCGACACUGCAGGAAUUGCGCGUAGGACGCAAUUCGGGACGUACAACCUCACGUUCGCAUAAUUUGGAUGAACCUGAAUCACCGUUUCACUCACGUAACUCUGGCUCCAAUAUGGACGCCAAGGAGAAGCCGCAACAACAGCAACGUAAAUUUAACACACAAACCAAACAACAAUCACAACAAAACGGCCUAUUGCAGCCAUUAGUCAUGCAAUUUAAUGUUCUGCUGCAAUCUCUCUCCAUCAAUGCAGCCUUGUUGCCUUCCCUGCAGGCUCAGUAUCGCAUGAAUCAUGUCAGCUCUACGGGUGUAUCUGGGAAUCGGGCUAAGUUUGUCAUAGAUUUACCAACACAUACACUGAGUUUUAAUACUAAAAUUCAGGUGAGGAAUGAAAUGAAUUUGCCUUCGGAAGCUUGUAUAGCCUUGCCGCCGGUGCAUGUUAGUGCUGAAUAUGUACCCGAACACCGACAAGAAGAUAACGAUCAUGUUGAGGGUGUAGUGCUGAGACAAGGAGGCUAUGUCAAUGCCUCUGCCGAAAUAGGAGAAUUUGAGCGUUGUUUGACCACAGAUCUGCUAAAUCAUUUGGUAUUUGUGCAAAAGGUAUUCAUGCGUGAAAUAAAUGAAGUUUUACAAAAGGUCUACGGCGGCGAGAAACCAGUACCUCUGUGGUCAGAGGAUAGCGACAGUGGUAGUGUUCAAGAAUCAAGUCUAAAACGUAUACUAUUCUCGAUUAAUAUAUCCAUGAAACGUAUACAAUUGACUGCCACUACACCCUGUAAUUCAGCGGUUCGCUUUGAAACCGGCACCUUGGAAUUACAUCUGUCCAAUCGUGUCAAGAAUUUGGGUGAAGGUAAUGAUAGGAAAAUGUUUGGUAAGGCCCACAUAGAUUUCAAUCUUUCUCUGGGCCAAUUGAUACGCAAUGUGAUAUUUGAUGAGGCCGAGCCUGAGUUCCAACAAUAUGCGUUUUUUCAUACAACUAUCGGUUUGCGUAAUGCAUUCCAAGAUGAAUUACUUAACGAAGAUAAAGAAUUGAUAUUGUUAACGUUAAAACGUCCUUUGGUAUACAUUCAACCGAUAGCUGUUGAUAAGGCCAUAUUAGUGUGGUUGAACUACAAAAAUGCUUAUGAAUAUUGGGCCGAGAAGAGGGCGAAUUUGAGCUAUGAAAAUGCCCAACAGACUCAGCAGCAAGUAUUUGAUAGGGUAGCCUUUGGCCAAUUUAGCAACAUAGCUGGUUCCAAUUUGUCUACUUUAUUCCUGCAGUUGACGGUGGAGGAUAUGGGUAUUUGUUUGCCCUUAAAUCAAGUGGCCAAUUCUUGGGGUUCUCGUUCAUAUCAGGACUUUGAACCUAAAGGUGCUGUAGUCAUUACUUUAGAGAACACCAUCAUAUCGGCAUGUAACUCUGGCUCUUUGGUCUCCAAAGGAAAAUUCCAAGGUUUAUGUUUACGAUUUGCCGACGAUUUUGAAACUACUUUGGAUGAUUGGAAACCCAAUCACAAUGAACCCAUCAUGAAUGUUUGUGUAGUUUCAGAGGGAACAUACGAAGUAUGUUCUCGUACUACGGCCGCCAAGAAAAUGGAAAAUGCCAAAUGGCUGUUAAAUGUUAAGUGGCAAAUGGAAGGCGUUGAUAUUCAUCUCGAUAUAAAUAUAGGAAAACAUUUAUCCUCUUUGGGUCACACUCUUACCAUGCUGACUGGAUUUGAAGAGGAGGAAACCAAUUUAGAAUCUCCCGAUAGUGAUGAAGGUGAACAGGCGACAAGGGAUACAUUUGGUCGUCGCAGAGAAUUCGAAAAUUUGCCCUCAUUUGUGUUCGAUCCAACUAUAGAUUCUAAGAAACGUUCAUUUAUGAUGGAAAAAGAAAUGGCUGAACAGCUGAAGAUUAUUAAUGAUCUGCGGACUUUGGGAGCAACCCACAAUACCAUAGCCCAUGAGGAAAGGAGAUUGCAAGAGUUGCAGGCAAUUUGCUAUAAAUACUUUAGGCGUGAUAUGAUACAGAAAUGGAGAAGACCUUCGAUGAGGCGUAGCAUGAGGACAUCGCAAAGAUCCAUAUCAUUUAUAGGUUCUCAUCGUGAUCAUAUCGAAGAUGGCAUAGCCACUUAUUCAGGCAGACGUUUAGAUCCUAUAGCAUCAAAUGAUGAAAUUUCAAGCUUGCAGUCAACACCCAUUUCUGGGCACUCUAGAAGCGCUUCCUUGAAAACCAAUCCCGCUAAUCGUGUAACAUUCUCGGAGACUAUGAGGCAAACAUCACUACCCAAUAAUGCUGACAGUGAUGAUGAACCUCAAAGCACUAAUUCACAAGAAGCUCCCACAGAUACGCCACCUAGUGAGAUAGACAUAGAUGGCACCUCCGUGGAAAUGAGAAGAAAACAUCAAUAUCAACAGAAACAACAAGAACCCAAUAUAGAUUUUGAAUUGGACAUAAAGGUGUUGGUUAAUUCGGGCAAAUGUGUUUUACACACCAAGGAAACUACGGAUGAUAAGCUGUUUGUUAGUGGUCCCACCAGCGUGAAGACGCACAAACGGGAACGUAGCAUUGGCUAUGACUGGGGUAGUCCUACACCCUCGAGAAGGCAAAGAGAUAAAAGUAAAUUACGCUAUAAUCCCUCAAAUGCAGCCAUGUUGUCGGAUUUGACUAUAUUCCAUAUACCCGGCCUAGAUGUUAAGCUGCAUUAUCAGUCCAAAACAGUGGAAAACAUAAUUGAGGUGAAUCGCAGCACCAGCACUGACAGUCAUCAUUCGACAUAUUCUGGUACGAACCGAAGAUUGAGUUCAAAACGUGCGGCUUUGUUUGCCUGGAUGACAUUGCAGUCUAUACCAGAGGAAACCAUUAUAUCACCUCACAUUUUGGAAUUUUUAGAGCAGACCUUAGAACCCAUACCCACUAAGGCUGAACAGAGCAGUGGUUCUCAAACACCAUCUAAUAAUCCUGUUAAUUUGGAUAUUUUGCCGGCUAACUAUGUUACCUAUGCCUCUUUCCCCGUGGAUGUUAUUGUAUAUUUCCACAUGCAGCCCUCCACAUUUAGAUUUUCGUGUUUGCCUGUAUCUCGAGUGGAAUGUAUGCUACAAUUGCCCAGUUUGGAUAUUGUCUUCUCUUCUAAAAGAUCUGCCGAUGAAGAUAACCAAAAUCCGUUGGAACCAAAUAACGCCAACACUACAACUACAGGAGAAAAGGAUAAAGACAAAACUCCUCAGGGAGGUCUCAGCGUUACUGGCUGUUUGGCUGACUUUAAUGUGUAUAUUUUCCAUCCCUAUGGUGGCAAGAAAACAAAUAUAAAGGAGGCCCAGUUCUCUCCCUUAACCGAUUCGGAACGUAAGGAUUCACUAUCCAUCAAUGUGGAGUUUGUGAAAUUCCAUAUAACCAGAUGUCGUAAGGUUUACAUAGAACCUUCCUCAACAUCCUCGGCGAAAAGACCCAUAGAUCAGUCAAAGGCUGUGGUUAGGUUUUCAACCAUAGUGGAUAUUGGUAGUGCCUCGUUUAAGUAUGAUAUGCGCAGACUAACGGAAAUAUUGGCCUUCCCUAAGGCCUGGUAUCGCCGUAGAAUUGUCAGACGUUUGUUCCUGGGCGACUUAAGUGUUCAACAGUCAAAUGACAAUGACCACAACUUAAAUACUCCUACAACACCCAAAGAUGGCACUAGAACUAAAACACCAGAUACCACCAAAUCACCAGCAGACGCAUUUUACGCCAGAGAUAAACUGAAAUUGAACUUUGAUGGCAAUAAUCCAGCAACAACUCCCACUUCUUCAACGGGAGCUACACGUAAACUAAAGAAUCUAGGAAAAUCAUCUAGUAAUGAGUCUUCAAGUACUCCACCUUCGGAGAAAAAUCAAAUUACUGCCUGGGAAACACUAGUACUCUUCGCAGUCAAUUUUACCAAACUCAAUGUACAAAUGAAUAUGGGUAAUGUUAUGGGCAAUGUGGUGUGGCUAACCAAAGACUUUCAAUCCGAUGGACGUUUGUCCAUAGGCAGUACAGGCUACAAAAACAUGUAUAUUGGCAUAUACUUAGGUGGCUCUUCGCUGGAUGCCAAGGGUGGCAUUGUGGGUGGUAGUUUUGAGGUGAAUAAAAUUAAUACUCGAUUCCAUAUUAAAGAGGAAUCGGGAGUGGAGCCUUAUCAUACCAUGGGUUUGAGUUUUAUGGCUUUGGAACUGAGACUAGAUUAUAUGGGUACUUCAGUGUUAAUGACUCGUAUUAGUUCAUUCUCUGCCGCCAUGAAAGAUGAAUGGAAAACAUCGCUACAGCAACAGACAGGAGAUAUUUCACCCCCACACGAUAACACAGCACCAAAAGCCAUUAUUUUUAUACAUGGCGACCUAUCAUGGGAUCAACUACAAAUAAUGAUUUCAAAAUCUACCACUGCCGAUCUACUCAAAAUGUACUACAAACUAGAGGAAUUCUUCACCCAACAAUUCAAAUCUUCAAAACGGGUCUUCUCCAGCCUAGAGCCCCGCCUGCACGAACGUAAUGCCAGCAUGAAACGUAGACAGCGCAGACAAGAGCAUAAGAAAUCUAUUAACGGUGCCUCAGAAGCUUGUGGUGUUGAUCUAAGUAACACAGAUGCUCGCCAUCAUAGACAUUGGCAAAAGCCUUUGGAAAUGGUGGCUGGCUUAGUGGUGCCCACUUUGGUAACACGUUUGCCCCGCAAUGGCAAUGUUUUGGGUGGUUCUGUGGAAUUGCAUGGCAAUAAUAUUUCCUUGGCUUGUUUCCAUGGCAUCAAUUUCAAGUCAAAAUCUUGGGCUUUAUUCAGUUUGAAAUCUCCCUUUAUUAACUUUACAACAGAAGCUCAUCAAGAUUCGAACAGUCGAGAAGUGUUUGUGACACAAACAUUAACAUCUUGUUUGGGUCAGACGUCAGAGGUGCAACAGCAAAAUCAUUCUAUGGCCAUUGUCAGUCGUAUAACAAGGAAUAUUGUGUUUCCACCACAGUUUAAGACGCUAAAUGAGUGGUUCCAUUAUGCCUUUGCCAAUAGUGAAAUUGAUGCUGUUGAUCGUUUUCCUAUCUUGGAAUGUGAUAGAGAAAUUGCUUCUAACUCCAUAGAGAGGGCCAGAGGGGCGAGUUCAACUAGUUCCAGUAAAUCUCAAGAUCGUGAAGUAAUAUUUGCCCUGCCCAGCCUGCAUUUACACUUUAAAACGGAGCAUAAACAAGGGCCAACAACACCCCAGCAAACAGCAGAUAAUAAACCUGAAGUUGUCUGUAGUUUUACUACAGAAUUUGAUGAUCACAUUUUUGUAACCGUGGAUGCAGAUGCCUUCUUCUUUUUGCAUGAUCUAAUAACCUCAUACGUCAAGGAAAAAGAAAAGGUGGGAGCCCAGUCAGCCCGAGCUGCUUCACCCAAUUUAUCACAAAACAUAAGACAUCAGCUGAAACCUUACGUCACCGACGAUAUGAUGAAAGAUCAACAACAACAACAACAGCAGCAGCAGCAACAAUCAUCUACCACUUCGUCAGCUUCGAAUACUCUCUCAUCGAAACAUGCAAGUUCACAAAAUUUGGAUGCUAAUCAGCUAACAGCCAUGACAUCAUCAACGCAUUUGACAAACAGUAAUCAUAAUCUAAACAACGAUACCAAAGACUCUUCCUCGAAAACAUCAUCAAACAUCAAUAUCAAUUCACAAAAUAGCAGCAAUACUAACAUCACAGCUACCAAUGCAAAUACUAACAUUAAUGACAGCAAACCUGCCUCCUCUAAUCAAGGUGGUGCCACAGCGUCCACUACUGCCGCCGAUGACGAUAAUGAUUUAGAAUCAUUCUUUAGAGAUUGGAGACGUUUUGAAUGUCAAACCUGGCAUUUAGAGCCCACAGUUAGGAUUCUAUACUGGGCUGGCAAAUCCAUAGAACCCUAUGGCAUUGAUUAUAUCCUCAAUAAAUUGGGCUUUAGUCAUGCCCGUACUACCAUACCGAAGUGGUUGCAAAGAGGUUUUAUGGAUCCCCUGGAUAAGGUGCAAGCAUUAAUGAUGUUGCAAUUACUUUCUCUUAUACGUGAGAAUAAACAAGAGCCUGCAAUAAAAAAUAAUAAAAAUUCGAAUUAAGAAAAUAAAAUACAACUACUACAACAUACAUACAUACUUAUAGCUUCAAGUAGUUUCAAUAAUAUAUUAAUAUCUCAAACAAUAUUGUAGUGGCAAUUAUUUAAAUUACAUACACAUACAUAAUAUAAACUACCUAUAUUCAAUAACAAAUAAUAAUCUUAUGGCAAUAUAAUUCUUAGUCUCCCUCUCUCUCUCUCUCUAACUAUUUAUGUAUUUCUUUCUGUCUAUCUUAGUGUUUUCUAUUUACUCUAUUACAUUUUGAACUCAUGCUAAUCACUUCAUAAGCAUCUAAUGAUCUAUCCAUCUUUUCCAGAGAGAAAACAAUUUAAGGCAACAAAAAAUACAAACAGAAAAAAAUAUGCAAACUUUUCUACUUUGAUAUCAUUUCAAAAUACUCGAAGUAUUAGUAGAAAAAUAUACAAUAUACAAUAUAUUUAUAUUCUAUGCUAAAUUUUAAAAUUAAUUAGUGAAAAUUUUACAAACAAAAAAUUUUUUUCUUUUAAAUAUGGCGUUUAAUUUUUCGUUUUUUUUUGUUUAAUUGUUAUUAUUCAUUUAAGUGUUAAGAAAAAAACUCUUUUUUUAUUUUUAAUUAUAUUUAAUUUAUAUAAAAUUAUAUUAAUUUUAAAAUUAAAAAUAUUCAUAUUCAUAUACAUACAUAUAUAUUUAAUAAAUAAUAAAAUAUAAAGAAAAUAAUUAUACAAAAUGGGAAAUAUUUAAAAUAAACAAAUGAAUGAAAAUCUUCAAAAAAUUAUAAA